AGCAGUUCAGCACCUUCACGGCAGCACGGGUCCGCUACUCGCUAGCCGUCCGGUGAAGCCUCGCAAGCAGCUGCCGCCGGGAUAAACCGUUUGUUGGCCAGGUCUCUCUAUCCUGUUUGACACCACGCAAACUAAAUCGUGCAAGUAGCAGCGCCGUCGGACAAGACAAAAAUGCUCUCGCUGCGGGCGCCGCCCCGUACUCUCUCCGCCUCGCCGUGGCGGAGACGGGGCCGCCUCGACGGUUUCGCCGCGCCGCGUUGUGUCAGCGCCGCGCCACCCGCGACAACCCUAGAGACGGCUACCGCGCGGCCGGCAGGCGUCUCCUUCCCGAUUCUGGUAAAUGGCUGCACUGGUAAAAUGGGGGUAUCUGUUGCUGAGGCAGCUACUUCAAGGGGUCUUCACCUAGUUCCUGUUUCAUUCAGUAGCAGAGAGAACCUUGAUAAAACAAUACAAGUGGGUGAUACAGACGUUGAGAUAUAUGGCCCUUCUGCAAGAGAAGAUGUUCUUUCAUCUGUCAUUGACGAAUACCCAGAUGUAGUUGUGGUGGACUACACGGCGCCUGAUUCUGUGAACUCUAACGCCGAGCUCUAUUGCAAGCUUGGUGUGCCAUUUGUAAUGGGCACAACUGGUGGGGAUCAGCAGUUACUGUACAAAUCAGUGCAAGAUUCAGAAAACUAUGCACUAAUAUCUCCACAAAUGGGCAAACAGGUUGUUGCAUUUCUUGCUGCAAUGGAAACAAUUGCGGAGCAGUUUCCUGGGGCCUUCUCAGGCUAUCGUUUGGAGGUACUGGAAUCCCAUCAAGCAGGAAAGCUGGACACAUCUGGUACAGCUAAAGCUGUGAUUGCUUGUUUCGAGAAAUUAGGCGCGGUCUUUGACAUGGAGCGG